UCAAGGCAGCUUGCCACCUCUGGGGUCAUAUCUUUGGUGGCAAGUUGACUGUCCUCGAGGCCUCGCAAAAGCGAUGGCCGCCAUGAUGAUUCGACCAGAUCGAGCCAUCCUGAAGCGACAGGAAGAGGAGUUCCAGUAUGAGACACGAGUUGCUGGCCAGCUGGACCAGUUCAAGGUAGAGCAGAAGGGACACUGGGAGAAUCGGAUGAUGAACGUCAUUCGCAACAACCGCAUCAAGGGCAAGGUUUCAAAUAUGCAAGCGCAGCAACAAGCCCAGUUGCAGGACCGCAGGUAUCAACUUGCAAAGAAGUUGUCCGAUGAGAUGAAGGCUUGGCAGAAAGAGAUGGUCGAGCGAGAAGAGACACCUGCACAGCGGAUGGAGCGAAUGUCUGCCCGCGCGUAUGAGCUUAAGAAGCGCCGAGAGGACGAGCGGAAGGCGGUCGUCCAGGAGAAGCUCUACCAACAAUGGCGGGCAGGCAUAGAUGACCUUCGGACGAUGGACUCCAAGAUCGUGGAGCUGCAGACCAUCGCAGAUAGGGAUUUCCAGCUGGACGACAAAGCUCUCCGCAAAGCAGAGGAGAAGGGCAUCGAUGACUUCUAUGCCAAGCUCUGGCAUGAGGGAUAUUUGGCAAAGAUCGAGCGCGAGGAGCGGGAGAAGGCUUUGAAGCAUGGUCGCAAUGAGCAGCAGAAGGCGACUUUGGGAAUUCAGCUCGACAUGAAGAAGGAGAGAGUGGAACUGGAUAAGGAGGAAGAGGCAGUGGAGGCUGAUCGAUUGAAGAAGCUUUGGGCAGAGCAAGAGGAAGACGAGAAGAAGGCGGUGGUCCAAUCCCGGAUCUAUGCACAGGAAGAGCGGAGGAAGGCAGAUGAAUACAUGGCCAUCCAGCAGAUGCAGAGAGCAGAGGAGGAGCGACAGGAAAAGGAUUUCGAUAAGAACUUUGUGCAUGGCGUUCUGGAGCGCGAACGGCAGAUUGCCCAGCAGGAGGAGGCGGAGAAGAUCAAGGCGAAGAGGAAGGCCAUGGAGUUUACGGAGGCCUUGAAGCUGGAGAUGGCGAGGAAGGCAGCUAGUGAGGAGGAGCUGCUGCGCUUGCAGCAUGAAGAGUCUGAACGCCAGUGGCAGAAGAGAUACGUGCAGUGGGAGAAGGAAGAGCUUGCUCGUCGGUCUUUGAUGGAGGAAGUCUACCACGACCGGGCUGAGCAAGUGAAGUUGAAGCAUCGGCUGCGUGAGCAGGUAAAGGCAGACAUCCACAAAGAGCGUGGGCAGAUCGAGCAGGAGAUGCAGCGCCUGGAGGGCAUCGAGAAGCAGCGCGAGGAAGGCGAGAAGUUGGUGUCGAUGCGGCAUCAAGAGGAGCUGUUCCGACAGAUGGACUUCCACCAGGUGCAACGACAUCGACAGCUGCAGCAGCAUGCGAUUGAGCAGCGACAGGCUGCAAUCGCAGAGGAAAAGAUUCGACGCGCCGUGGAGCAAGAGAAGAAGAAGGCCAACGCCAUCAUGGCGGAGGUGGUCGAGAAGCGCGCCGCGGCUCAGCAGGUCACGGCUCCCUGGGACAGGUAAGCCCUCGAUGCAGGGUUUGCACUUGAGCACGAGGCGAGAGACCGCGCGGACGCCCCAAUCUGGGCCUUCUGUGACAGGUUCCUUCGUUUCCAGAGCCGCGCUGCCAACGCAUCGCUCAAGAGACAGGCUGGGGCAAUGAAGGGUAUUUGUUUCACCAUGUGCGAAGGGCGUCGGACCAGGCGAUAUGUGCC